GCGAGAAAGCAGGUAUAUAGAGCGAGAAGCGUCCAGCGUGCUGGGUUGGCAGUCAGACUUUCCUUGCCUUGAUACAAUUACAAGUUUUCUCAACACCUUCCACAUUCACUAUCAUUUCAAAAUGCACAGCGCCAAUUUACCAAUGUCAGAAAAAGAGACAGAGGUUAUUCAGCCCACAGAGGACGAGCAGCAACAACAGCUGGAGAACGAACAGCAACAGCUGGAGAGCGACCAGCGGGAUGCCGUCAAGAUAGAGGAGGAGACCAAGGAACAGCACUCGGUGGGUUCCACGGUAGUGUGCAGCGAGACAGCGAUGCUCGAUGAGAAGCUGUCGAUAUGCACAAGCCGUGUGGCGUGUCAGACAUCCACACUAGGCGAGUCCGAGGGCAUGGCCGAGACAGUGACGCUGAAACACAUCUACAGCAUCUUCUGCUGGCUGCACUGCCAGCACAACAACAGGAUGUGGCGCGAAAGCCCCCUAUCGGCAUGCCAAAAGGCGGUGACUGACUGCCGGUUCAUGGCGGACGCGAACCCAGAGAAGCUGAGGGCGAAGCUAGAUGAGAUCCGCAACAUCCACGCCGAAAUUAUCGAAAAAUACGGCUCUGCCGACAAGGUCCCAAAGGACCUGCGGGUGGUACCCGGCGGACCGCUGUUCAGUAUUGUCAAUUUCGUUUUCACCGGCCAGUGCCUGCAGGCCAAGGGCGAGGAUUGCGUCAAGUUUGUCUCCAAUAGCGCAACCAGCGGAAGUUCUUUGGCGGAAAAUGCUCAGCAUGAGUCAGUCAGCGCCACAGCAUCGCAGCAGCGGAGUCUGGGCGGUGGGCCGGUGAGACAUGGCCGGGCGCAUUCGCAGCUUUCGCGCGACCACCCGCUGGUACGCAAGGCUGUGAGUUUGACGCCCGACGAUGUCAAGCAGAUGGUCCACGAGAUGACUAUUCGCAAGGCCAUAGCCCUGCGCGACGCCAAGCUGCUGGCCGACUGGACUGCGAUGAGGCGCCGCGAGCUCGAGGUCAAGGAGAUGCGGCUACGGCAGCAUAUCGGGACCAGCACUUCCAGCCGGAUUGAGGAGCUGCUCGAGUUUAACGACUUUUUGAAAAAGUAUGCCCAGUAAAUCAACCCACUCUUGUACAAUUGUUUAUAUAUCCG